UAAAAAAGGGGUUUUCUAAAUCUCCAUCGUUGGGUUUUACGAAAAACCCUAGUUAGAAAGCUUAGCAAGCAUCGAUAGGAUCAAAUAAGUCCGGGCUUUCGAUCCGUUCGAGCACGACGGUCUAGUUCAAUGGCUAUGUUUCUGAAACGUUCUUUCUUCUACAGAAGUUUCCUUCUUCUCCGAAAUUUUGCCAAUCCAAGUCGUAACUUUUCCUUCUUCGUUAACGAUCUCUGUAACCCAUGGACCUCCGAGAUGCCUGGAGUCUUUGCUCUUCCUCCUGCAGAUUUCAUCCGAGAAAGUCGUCGGGGAUUUGCUAAAGGCCGAAAAUCAAACGAAUCUUCUACAAGUAUGGCUGAAGCAUUACCUGAUAUUAGACCAACUAUUAAAGCAAACGCUAGCUCACAAAUGGAGGCUGCGAUAGCUGCAUUAUCAGGAGAAUUGAGCAAACUUCGAACAGGAAGGGCAUCAUCUGGAAUGCUUGACCACAUUAUAGUAGAAAUCUCAGGUGUGAGGAUGCCGCUGAAUCAGAUCGCAGCUGUUUCGGUCUUGGAUUCAAAAACACUGUCAAUAAAUCCUUAUGAUCCUAAUACACUGAAGAACUUAGAGAGUGCUAUAGUUUCAUCUCCUCUAGGUUUAGCACCAAGAGUAGAUGGAGAGAGGUUAAUUGCAGUCAUUCCACCAUUGACCAAAGAGCAUAUCCAGGCUAUGUGUAAGCUGGUCACCAAGUGUUGUGAAGAUUCCAGACAAAGCAUACGACGAGCUCGUCAAAAGGCAAUGGAUACAGUAAAAAAGAUGAGCUCAAGCUACCCGAAGGAUGACAUGAAAAGAUUGGAAAAGGAAGUAGAUGAAUUGACCAAGAAGUUUAUCAAGUCAGCUGAAGACCUCUGCAAGGCUAAGGAGAAGGAGAUCACUGGAGGUUGAAUAUUUGGAAAAGAUUAUCUCCUUCUCAAUUUUGACAGAUUAAUUUAAAUUCUAUUAUAGACCAACAAGUGAAAAUUCUGUCAUAUUUGGAAACAUAGACGCAAUCCAAAUGAAAUUCUGUGGGUGUUAUUUUCACCUGAAUGGAUUCACAUGUGGCAA